AGUAAAUACAGUGAUUACAGAUAUAAAAAAGACUGGGCAUGCCUUUAACAACGACUACGUAAAUAGUCACUGUCUUUAGUCUCGAGGGAUCAUGAUGUUGGGAGGUUCAGAUACCCGCAGGCGAGGUUAAGCUUACAUGACGAAAUCAGCACAAGACCGAAAAAUUAUUAGAAUAAUUGUUUGAUAAACAUGUAUCUUAAAAAGACCGCCAUAGAUGAAAUAUUUAGUAGGCUGUGCUAAAACACUUUAGUCACUGGUUUGUACAUAAGUUACCUUUAUGUAUGUUGCAUUAGCACAAUGGACAGUUUGAAUUUAUCGGACGCUUCAAAGCUAGAAAAAGACUCAAAUUACACGAAAAUUGUUCAUAAACGUCGGUCUUCUAUUUUCCACACCCAUGUAAUUCCAUCUGAUGAAUGUAAAGGUACUUCAUUUACGGAAAAUGAAAAGUCUGCCGGUAUCCAAGAUGCAGCGGAAUGUGCACAUACAACAGCAGAAGAACCCUUUAAUUUAGAAAAGUAUAUAAUUAAUCUGAAAAAUGAGAGAAAAGAAUGGAUAGAAACUUUGAAGCAAAGAAAGGCUCAACGGAAAAUUCUGACAAAGCAAAAGUUAUGCAUAGAAAAUCAAGGACAAGUUGUAGAUUUGAAUGUUUUAACAGAGUCUGAAAAAGCUUUUGUUAUGGCUCGACCGAACUUUCAAGAAAUUUGUAAAAAUCACAAAAAAAUAUCAGAUGUAACUUUAAAAGUAUCAGAAUUACGUAGUAUCGUCCAUAAAUUAAACGAAAAAUUUAUUUUCCAAAUGGAAGAAAGAUUGCAGAAGCUUACAGACAAAAUUAUUGAAAUAUCAGAAUGAUAAGUCUGAAUAUCGUACUGUAUGAAAAUACUUUUUAAGGUAAAGUUAAUUAUUUCUAUUCUUUAAGUUUAUUAUUGCUGAUUAUAAUUGAUAUUAAAACAGAUUUUUGAUUUUGUAUAAAAUCAAUUUAUACCUUAUAUGUUCGUAUAUAUACAUUAUAAAAAAAAAAAUAAAUUAGAAAACAAGUAUUAACAUUACAGUUCUUAAGUACUUAAAUUGCAAGUUCUUUGGUAUAAUGAACUUACAAUACGACCAGUUAAAAGGACAAUAAGGUUGUGUUUGUAUUGGAGCAAAUAUUUGCUUUAAUUCUUAUUGUGUUAAUGUAAUUAAUACUUCAAAUAAUUUAAAAUGGAGUAAAGAAACCAAUAGAGUUGUCAUCUGUGCAAGUGAAAACUUUUUCGUCUUGCCGCUUUCCGUUCUUUUUGAGAUAAAUAUUCUUUUCUUGAUGUACUAGUAUGUAAUUCCAAUAUAUGAUUUAUUUUUCUGACAAUUUCCUCAGCUGUUAUAGAAUCUGCCUCAAAUUCGUGAUUUUUAAAUGAUGCUGACUGAUGUAAAGAGUGCAUUUGUCCAGAUGAUA